CUUCAAUCCAGCCAGCACUUUUAUUUUCCCCCCAAUUCUAUUAUUUUCCGGGGUGACUUUUUCUGAUCGCUCAGAAAAUUCUUGUGAUUUUUGUUUGAUUCUUUUUACGCACGGGAUUCUCGAUACAAAAUGGGCGGCGACAAGAAGCGCAAGCUCGCGGUCGAGGCGGGCGAGCCUGACUUGAAGAAGGCUAAGAAGGACAAGAAGGAGAAGAAGGAGAAGAAGGAGAAGGUGAAGGAGGUUGUUGAGGAGCCGGUUGUUCAGGAGGAGGCUGUAGAGAAGAAGGAGAAGAAGGAGAAGAAGGACAAGAAGGACAAGAAGGAGAAGAAAGAAAAGAAGGAUAAGGAAGAGAAGAAGGAAAAGAAGGAAGAAAAGAAAGAGAAGAAGGACAAGAAGGACAAGAAAGAAAAGAAAGAGAAGAAAUCCAAGGACAGCGCCGAGCAGCCCGAGGACGCCAUGGACGUGGACGUGAAGCCCACCGAGGAAGCGCCGGCCGUCAAUGGCAGCGACAAGAAGGACAAGAAGGAAAAGAAAGACAAAAAGGAGAAGAAGGACAAGAAGAAGGAGAAGAAAUCCCAGGACGCCCAGCCCAACGGAGCGCAAACCGAAGAGCCAGCAGCAGAGGCCGACGAAGCCUCGUCCAGCCAGAAAGGAAACCGCUUUAUCGUCUUCGUUGGAAACCUCCCCUACUCAGCCAACACCGAAUCCCUCACAAAACACUUCGAGAAGAUCGCACCGGCCUCCGUGCGCGUCGCCACGCAAAAAGACAAGCCCACCCACAGCCGCGGCUUCGGCUUCGUCGAGUUCGACAACUACGAUCGCAUGAAGACCUGUCUCAAGCUCUACCACCACUCGUCGUUUGACGAUGGGAAGUAUCCCCCGCGACGGAUCAAUGUCGAGUUGACUGCCGGCGGCGGAGGCAACACCGACCACCGCAAAUCGAAGAUCGAAGCCAAGAACAAGAAACUGUUCGAAGAGCGCCAGCGCGCCGUGAAGCAGACCAAGCAGGAGAACCACAAGGCUCCGGCUGCGCAGACGGACGAAGCGGAUGUCUUUGCGGGUGUGCAUCCUAGUCGGAGAAGGCAGCUGGCUUAGAUGUUAUUUCCUCUUGAUAUUUUAUUCCCUAUAUUAUUAUUUCUUCUAUGUUAUUUCUUCUAUUGUAUUUCUUUCUAUGUGUUUUUCAUGCGCUGGACUAUGAAAAGUUGCAUACUGGUGUUUCCUUCGAGAUAUCCUUUUUGUUCUCUUGUUUUGCUGUGGACAGGAUAGAC